UCGCUCAGUCCAGAAGCGUCUGUUGAAAAGCUCCAUCUCGGGGAAACGAAUCUCCUCUAACUCGUUUACUGGAGAAAAGAAACGCAACUAAUCGAGUAGAACUCAAAGUUGGAUUUUUUAAAGUGAAAGAAGAAUCAGGGGUCUCCACAAGUGAGCUUCACCGGGUCCUGUAUGUAAGCCGAUCGCGCUGGAGAGACGGGAGACUGGAGGAGAGACACCGGGAGCAGCAGAGACUCGUGUCCUGGACCUGUGCUUGUGUUUAUAAAGUCGAGACAUCGUCUCCUUAAUUUGCCCAGAGGAAAUAAACUCGGGGGACCAAAAAAAAAAAAAAAAAAAAACUCGAUCGAGACGUUUUUUUUCCCAUUGGUGAAUACACACGCAGGUGUUCGAGCUGAAUCAUGGAGGCCAUUGCCAAGUAUGAUUUCAAAGCGACUGCUGAUGACGAGCUGAGUUUUAAACGAGGAGAGAUCCUGAAGGUCUUAAAUGAAGAAUGCGACCAGAAUUGGUACAAGGCAGAGCUGAACGGCAAAGAUGGCUUCAUCCCAAAGAAUUACAUUGAAAUGAAAGCACAUCCGUGGUUCUUUGGGAGGAUUCCUCGGGCGAGAGCAGAGGAGCUGCUGAACAAACAGAGGCACGAUGGAGCUUUCCUUAUUAGAGAGAGCGAGAGUGCGCCUGGAGACUUCUCCCUGUCUGUCAAGUUUGGCAAUGAUGUUCAGCAUUUUAAAGUGUUGCGUGACGGGGCAGGAAAGUACUUCUUGUGGGUUGUAAAAUUUAACUCCCUCAACGAGCUGGUGGAUUAUCACCGUUCAACCUCCGUCUCUCGAAACCAACAGAUCUUUCUACGUGACAUCGAGCAGGUGCCUCAGCACCCCACGUACGUGCAGGCCCUGUUCGACUUUGACCCUCAGGAGGACGGAGAGCUGGGUUUCCGCCGAGGCGAUUUCAUCCAAGUCCUGGACAACUCUGAUCCUAACUGGUGGAAGGGUGCGUGCCACGGCCAGACGGGCAUGUUCCCGCGCAAUUACGUCACGCCCGUCAAUCGGAACAUGUAAACAAUAAACCUGUAGGUCCCUUCUUUCCAAAGCCACACACCCCUCUUUUAAUAAAUCGCCUAAAUGUCCCCCUCUGCCCCUAACACCAUGUGUUUUGCAGAGUGAAAAGAGAAAAAUGAAAACUGGGGGGAAAAAAGGAUCAGGAGAGUGUUUCAUUUCUCCAGUGACAUAAUGGGCAAAGAAAAAAUUCAAUGUUAAUUCCUGAGAAAUAUUGAUUGCAUCACUAUGAAAGCUUGCAGCCAGGGUCUAAUGACCCUAAGCUUAAUGCAACAUCACACAUAUUAACACCACAACAAUCCUGUAUGUAGGUUUCCCUGCUCUGUCUGCCUCCCCAUUUUCUCUUCAUCGACUCCUUUUCAUUAUAGUGCAUUUUCCUUUCAUUAAGUUUCGGCUGCAUGUUUUAAUCACAUUGUAACAGGAAAUUUUGAGGCCAUUUUGGGUUUAACGAAAGAAAAAAGAUUUUAUAAAAAAAUAAAAAUAAAAAAAAACUACCACACAUUAGAUAGAUGCAAUUUAAAAAAAUAUAUAUAAUUGAUGCUAAUAACAAGUUACAAAGUCUGAAGUAACAGGCACAAGAACUUUGUACAUUGGUUUUUGGUGCCGUGAAAAUAUACAUAAAGAGAAUCCAUUUUUAAGAAGAUAUAUAUUAUAUAUUUGUAUGUGUUUGUCUGUUUUAUCUUUCCACACAUUUAUUUUUGUUUAGAUGUAAAUUAUGUUCAGUUGUUUUUGGAUGGAACGAAGUAGCUCUAGGACAUGCUGAACCAUUUCGAUGAAUUACAAUCUGAGAUUUCUCAGAUACGUCGGCAUGCUAUAUUUAACUCGCCACAUAUUCCCUCUGGAUGAAAGUAACGUUCGUCUUGGAGCUGCGCAUUCAUAAACCUAGCUGUUUAUCAGGACUCGUCGGGUGAGAUGCAGGUGAGGGACGUUGUCCUCCUGCAGGAGUUUGUUUAAUGUGAAAUUAUCAUGAGGCCAGCCACCAUUCAAAGCCAAGGUUAUUACCGCAGCCACUUUUUCCCUUUCUUUUCCUCGGGCCGUGAAUGUAGCUGACUUUAGACCUUCGAAAUGAGCGUGAGGGAAGUAAAAGUCACUGUCCUGAACCACACAGAGGCGUGUCUUUUUACAGUGUCAAAACCAUGUAUGACCAUGUAUGCAUCCACAUGAAACAAUAUGCACUAGAUGUGUAUACACUUUUUCAUCAUGAGAUUAAAAAUCAUGCGAUUUUGAUCUUUCGUUAUGAUGUAUUUCGCCAGUCCCCAAACUGGCACCAAUAAUACCAGUAUGCGAAAUCAUAGUCUUUGUAUGUGAAUAGUAGAGAUUUCAACUUUACUGAUGUAACUGUUAUUUUCCCCUUUCUCUCCAUUUUUAUUGUGUGUUUUGAGCACUUUCUGUGUCAGCCAUUUUUGAUUCUUUUAUGUUUUUUUUUUUUGUUUGUUUGUUUCGUUUUUUACCCCCGAGCCUUUUUGUUGUUUUUGUUUUGUUGUUCUCUCUGGAUUAGUGCCUUUUCUCUGGUGUGUCGGUGUCUCCGGCUUCAGCUUUGGCUCCUGUGCCGGGUUCCGUCAGUCCCAAAGUAAGAGCUGGUGUUGUACACACUUCCCCCUUGGACACUUUGCACCAGUGUCCACAUGGAACCAAUCCUUCCUAUUUAAAUGUCCUACCUUUUCUUACCUAAAGAGUUUUGACAAUUAUUAUUAUUUUAUUUUUUUUUGUUAUUGUUUUUUGGGGCUCUUUUUUAAUUUGCUUUUUUUUUUUCAAUUAAUAAAAAUGAAAUUCUAAAAAUAU